AUGGCUUUGGAAAAUGCCUCCUCAGUGACUGAGUUCAUCCUUGCAGGCUUAACAGAUCAACCAGAGCUCCAGCUACCCCUAUUCCUCCUGUUUUUGGGGAUCUAUGUGAUCACUAUAAUAGGAAAUCUGGGAUUGAUCAUUUUAAUCAGGAUGAAUUCUCAGCUUCACACUCCUAUGUACUAUUUCCUCUUCAACCUAUCUUUCAUAGAUCUCUGCUAUUCCUCUGUCUUUAGUCCCAAAAUGUUGAUGAAUUUUGUCCUGACGAAAAACAUCAUCUCUUAUUCAGGGUGUAUGGCUCAGCUCUAUUUCUUCUGUUUUUUUGUUAUUUCAGAAAAUUAUGUGUUGACAGUAAUGGCUUAUGAUCGUUAUGUUGCUAUUUGUAAUCCAUUGCUGUAUACUGUUACCAUGUCCAAUCAGAUUUGUUCAUGGCUAUUGGGUGGGGCAUACGUAAUGGGGUUUGCUGGUGCGAUGGCCCACACUGGAUGCAUGCUGAGAUUGUCUUUCUGUGAUGCUAACAUCAUAAACCAUUACAUGUGUGACAUACUCCCUGUCCUCCAGCUCUCUUGCACCAGCACCUAUGUCAAUGAGCUGUUGGUUUUCAUUGUUGUGGGCAUUAACAUCAUAGUGCCUAGUGUCACCAUCUUCAUCUCUUACGCUCUCAUCUUGUCCAGUAUCUUGAACAUCAGCUCCGCUGAAGGCAGGUCCAAAGCCUUCGGCACCUGUAGCUCCCACAUAAUUGUGAUCACUCUUUUCUUUGGGUCAGCUUCCUUCAUGUAUUUCAAACCAUCUUCAUCAGGGUCUGAGGACCAGGGCAAAAUAUCUUCAAUCUUUUACACAAAUGUGGGGCCCAUGCUAAACCCCCUCAUUUACAGUCUGAGGAAUAAAGAUGUUAAGGCUGCCUUGAGGAAAACCUUGAAAACUUGGACACUUCAAGGAAAGUGUAAUAAUAUGAAGAAUAAACCAUUUUGUAGAUGUACGCCUCCUCCCCUGGGAGCUGGGCUUCGGACGUCUCCGGACCCACCCUGGGGGAAGGGUGGGCUCAAGGACCAGACAGUACGCGAGUGUGGUGUAUGCUCUUUAUUGUGGAGGAUUCCCCCCGAUCCUUUGUUCUCAGCCCGUUAUAUACACUUCAAGGACCCUCCUCCCGAGCCUCACAGGGUUUUUCUUAGGGAGGGAGAGGUCGGCUUUGACGUUCUCAAGAGAGCGUCGCAGCACACGGAGCCAACAAAAGAAAAGGCAAGGGGCCAUAAAGCAGAUAAGGAUCAGGAAGCCUGCACCAUAAAUGAGCCAAAGAAGGAAUUGCGAAGAUCCCAGGUUAUGUAA